GAAUUUGUAGAUCAACAACCCAGAUAUGAGAGUUCAAAUCCUCAAGGAUUACGUGAAACAGCAUUUUCCUGCAACACCCCUCUUGGACUACGCGCUAGAAGUGGAGAAGAUUACUACAUCCAAGAAACCUAAUCUCAUCCUGAACGUGGAUGGGUUCAUUGGAGUGGCCUUUGUCGACGCUCUUAGGCACUGUGGCUCCUUCACACGGGAGGAAGCUGACGAAUAUAUUGACAUUGGGGCCCUCAACGGCAUCUUUGUACUUGGCAGGAGCAUGGGCUUCAUUGGACAUUACCUAGACCAGAAGAGGCUGAAGCAGGGCCUGUACCGUCACCCCUGGGAUGACAUCUCCUACGUCCUGCCGGAGCACAUGACUAUGUGACAGCCCAAGGGGACACAAUGAGAUGCUUGUACAGAUGGUGAACGCUGGCACGACGACGUUGCCACGGCUGACGUUUGGAAGAGAACUCAUCAGACUGACUCUCUGUACAAGGCGGCCUUUGCAGUCCUUAGGAAUCCUAUGAGAAACCAAAACCCCCUUGGCUAAGUCCCACUGUAUUUAAGACACAAAAGCAGCCGCGCUGUGUCUGCCUGCUUUUUGUGCGUGUUUUUAUUUCUCUUUCCCCCUUCCCAUCGCUUUCCUGCGGUGUUUUCUGGCCGUGUUUUAAUUUUUUAAAGAAACAAAUUAUGAUCUAUGACUUCAAAGAGUCAGAGAGAGUCGUUGGGACCCACGUUACCGUAACCUUGAACGCUGUCCUCACAAGCUGUAUGGUUUUGUGAUACGUUCGUCUUUUUUUUUUUUUUUAACUCCUUUGUAUUCAUCUUUAAAGUCUGAUUGUAUUUUCUGGCCAGGGGACCCCUUGCUGCUUUAAUAAGCCAUUCUGAGUCUGGUGUAGUAAUUUUAAAAUGUAAACUUGUAACAUAGACUUUUGUUCAAAACUGUGAAGCUUUACCUGUAUUUAUGCAGCUGAGAUUUUUACUUAUCACAAAACCUUCCUGCAAACCCACAACGCUUGCAAAAGCUGGCCUGUGUGGGGCUGUGUGUGUGCAACAUCUGCCUUCCCAGGGGCCUCUAACUUAUAUUCACAAUAAUAAUCCAUGCUUUUUCUGUCCUCUGUAGCACUGUAACCUGUCUCAAAUAAAUGGUACAACAAUA